UCUGGACAAGGAGAUGCCGGUGGAUUCCACUCUUUCAUCUUCGUUUGUGAAUUGUUGUAAGCGUCUCCUUCUGUCAAGAUCUGGUGGUCACUUCCAAAGACUUGGUCUUGGUUAAGAAUAUGGCACAACCUAUACCGGAUAUACAGUUUAAGAAGCUGCUGUCUUCAUCACCGUUCUCAGUCAUCUAUCUCGUAUCUCGCGACGAUGCUCCUAUGGUGAUGAAAGUGCAUCAUGAUUACUGGCCUGAUCCAUUUGCAUCGCGAAACCGGGAGAAUAAUAUCUUUGUCUGCGAAUCCCAAGCAUAUCGUCGUUUGGAAGCCAAGGGCUUAUGUGACCGUGGCAUUGUACCGCGAUUCUACGGCACACUUGAGAAGAUCGAUCCUACACUGCAUCAACCGUACCUCGACAUGUUUCUCCAGGAUGAACUCGCACCAAACGCCAUGCUUACCUUCGAAAACUAUACCAAAGAUAGCAUGGAGUGGCUCAUAAAAGGAAUUGCAGACAUACAUGACGCUCUCAUCGAACACGGCGAUCCUCACCCCAGAAAUAUGAUGGUUGUUGGUGGAAGUCCUGGAAGGGCAGGCUGGAUAGACUUUGGCCGAGCCCAAACAUUUGAUACGUUGACUCCCUUGAACCGAGAAUGGAUGGAGUCCGAGAGAAGACUUGUGGAUGAAAUUGGGAGAGAUAUGAUGAUCCCCCCUGCCAAGGCCAAGGCCACGACCACUCCGGACAGCCUCCAUUACUGUGUAGAUAUACAUUCAUAA